CCGGAAAUCGUCACAACUGUCCACUUAUUUUCCAGAUAUUUUAAUUCUGCAGUAACUGGCGAAAGAUACAUGGAUUUAAGAAUAAAUUAAUCCUACUUUGUUGUUUGUAAAUCCGUAACAUUUGAUGAUAAAGUUGGGAUUUUAUUUUUAACUGAGCGGCGUAAACUCAUAAGUUGUUGUUAGCCGUCCUGUGGCUAAGCAGCGUUAGCCUCCAGUGUUUUUCAUGACUUCAGUCUGAAUAAAUUCGCGUAUUUUUAAUCGUAUUUCGGCUUUAAAUGGACGAACAGAAGGAAAAUAUUAACACCACCGAGGACGUGAACGUGAAGAUGUCUGACACCAGAGAAGAAGACGAAGAAAAGGUCAAGUCUUGCAGCAGGAUUUGUCCCGCAGAGGAAUCUGUCCCUCCCGUUUCCCCGUCUCAGUCCAACAGCGACUUCAGUCACCCUGUCUACAAAGAGAUCGCUCUCGCCAACGGACACAUCAACCGCAUGUCCAAGGACGAGCUGCGACUCAAAUUAGCCGCGCUGAAGCUCGACACGAGAGGAGUGAAGGACGUCAUGAAGAAGAGGUUGAAGAGCCACUAUAAGAAGCAGAAGCUGCAGCAGUCGGCGGCAGCGGAGGGAGGAGCCACCGCCGACACCUACUACGAUUACAUCUGCGUGGUCGACUUUGAAGCCACGUGUGAGGAAGAUAAUCCCGCAGACUUCCUCCACGAAAUCAUCGAGUUUCCCAUGGUCCUCGUCAACACGCACACUCAAGAAAUCGUGGACAGUUUUCAAGAAUACGUCAAACCUGAGUUAAAUCCACAGCUGUCAGAUUUCUGCGUGAAGCUCACGGGAAUAACACAGAAAAUGGUGGACGACGCAGAUUUGUUCCCUGAAGUCCUUCGACGAGCGGCGGCGUGGCUUCAGGAGCGAGAACUCGGGACUAAAUACAAAUACGCCAUCCUGACUGACGGGUCGUGGGACAUGAGUAAAUUCCUGAACAUCCAGUGUCGAGUCAGUCACAUCAGAUAUCCUCAGUUUGCCAAGAAGUGGAUCAACAUCAGGAAAUCGUACGGAAACUUCUACAAGGUUCCUCGCACGCAGACAAAGCUCAGUACGAUGUUGGAGAAACUCGGCCUGAAGUACGAAGGUCGCCCUCACUCGGGCCUCGACGACUCGCGGAAUAUCGCCCGCAUCGUCCUCCGCAUGCUGCAGGACGGAUGUCAGCUGCGCGUCAACGAGCGAAUGCACGCCGGACAGAUGCUCUCCGUUCCCAGCUCCGCUCCACUAGAGGGCGCUCCGCCGCCACACGGCCCUCGCAACAGAGACCGCUGACGACGCCUGUGAGUUACAGGAGGGGGGAAAAUAUAUAAGGCACUUUACAGGCUUUUAUUUUGAAGCUCGGUGAAGGGGUUUUAAACAGAAAAUGAUCUUUUCUUUCAGCUUCAGUCAGAGCUGCUACAAAAGAAAAUGUACAAUUUAAUUUGACGUCCGAAACUCUUAUUUUUCGAGGCAAAACCCCCCCACAAAUGUUCAUAUUUUUCUUGCUUAGAUUUACGUGUUUUCCGUCACAAACGCUGCUAUUGCGACACAACAACGGCAAAGUCAUCGUACAAACUCUCGUCUGUUCUCUGUGAAGCUGGUGUUGUACAAAUGUUUCACCUUUUGUAUGAAAUUAAUGUUCAUUUCAUGGAACUUGGAUCUAUUUUAACAGGAGAAGAAAAAUAAAUAUUCUGUCGUUACGUA